AUGUCCUCUUCGCAAGCUACGCAAUUGAAAGAUGAAGGACCAAAGCUAAGGGAGGAAAAGCACUUCGCGGACUUUUACCCCGAACUUGACCAGCAAGAACCCCUACCAAUUAUUGUGACUAACGAAAUUAAAGAUGACGCUAAUUUGCGAAACGUGGAGACAAAAGAAGCUAGGCACAUUAAACAGAUGAUUUUUAAAGAGAGGGUUACAUUGGAGUCCAUAAAUAUCGGUGCUAACCGUGCGAAGUUCAAAAAGUGCAGGUUUAAGGUUUCGAGUCAGGGAAUCAACAACCAUCCCCGUAUUUCAAAAAACUAUCAGAAAUUUGGCUACAUCAGUGGCUCCCUGGCCGACAAAUUCAACGAACAUGAUACCCCAUACAUAAAGAAAACUGACAGUCUAGCAUUGAUCAAAGAUAAUCCGUUAGGUCACAUAUCUAGAUAUCAGUCAAAUUUUAGGGUGGAGUAUGAUAUGGAUGAGCAAGACGAGUUAUAUCUCCGUUUUCUCAAUGAAUCCAAAUCAAUAACACCCAAUAAUAAGCUCACACAUGAAAUUUUUGAGAUUGCAAUGACGGCUCUGGAGAAUGAAUGGUUCUUCUUGGAAAAAAAGAUUCCGCCCCGUAUAUCCACUACUUCUGAAGUCUCAACGCGAGAGACCCGGGCUGCGUGGGCUCAUUAUGAAGCUUUUGGCUCAGACGAUGGCACUGGCCAUACGAUAGAUCAGCCAUGCGCAGUUUGCGGUGGUACAGAGUGUGAUAACUCUAACGCUAUAGUGUUUUGCGAUGGCUGCGAUGUCGCGGUUCAUCAAGAGUGCUACGGCGUCGUUUUUAUACCAGAAGGCCAGUGGCUUUGUCGGAGAUGUAUGAUCUCACGAAACAGAAAAAUCAACUGCCUCUUUUGCCCUAGCCAUACUGGCGCAUUUAAGCAGACCGACACUGGUUCCUGGGGGCACGUUGUAUGCGGUCUCUGGAUCCCUGAGCUUUAUUUUGUUAAUUCUCAUUACAUGGAACCCAUUGAAGGGGUAGAUUUAAUCCCUCGAUCCAGAUGGAAACUGACGUGCUACAUAUGUAGGAAAAAGGUGGGCGCGUGCAUCCAAUGCUCGAACAAAAACUGCUUUUGUGCUUAUCAUGUCACAUGUGCCAAGAGGUCGGCUCUUUGUAUGGACUUCGGUUCUUGCUCUAUAAUAGAAGCUUCCUCCAAUGCCAUCCCGCCUGGCCUUAAAUUGCUAAGCUUUUGCGAUAAGCACUCGCCGCCGGGAUGGCCUAGUUGUGAAGAGGGUAUCCAAAAAACUAGACUAUAUUUUGCAUCAGCUGACAAUGAUGCAAACAGCGGCUCCGGUUCUCAAGCUUCGUACCCACAUUCAUCGACGAAAGCGAAGUGGACCACUAAUCGGGGGACUCCUAUUGCCCCAAGUACAUUCGCAUCGGUUGUCCAGCGUAUAUUGGAAAUGUUUCAAGUGGAGAACAGUGCAAAAGUUUCCGCGGACUUGUGCAAAUACUGGUCAAUGAAGCGGGAGCUCAAAAGAGGCGCACCGUUAGUGCGAAAGUUUGACCCCACUUCCUUCAGCACUUUUACUGUAGAGCAGUUGGGUAAGCGCAUUGAAUUUGCCGAUAGACUUUCGAAAGAUCUAGAGAUGCUGCAGGAUAUGGCUCAGCUUCUUGUAGAAAGACAAAUGACAACACGGCGACGUAACAAGGCAGAAGAAAAGAUCCAAAAUCUGUACCACCACCCUUCCAGAUUCAUUUUGCAGGAAUCAGUCAUAAAAAAGUUUCAAAAUUCUGCCCCAUACAAGGCACUGCUACGGGAAAAACCCAUCGGGGCACGCAUGUCUGCCAUCCUGAGGGAUUGCACAUCUUCUGAUAGCCACGACGAAAUAACUCAAUUCAAAAAAGGUAUGACAGAAUUUUUGGACAGAAUUGAGACUGAACAGAAUGUUCCACGGAGGGUAAAGAUUGAAGCCAAGAAAUUACGAGCACAUAUCGCAGUUCUGUUAGCUUCAGUUGAAGGCUUUGAUUACAGGAGUUGGAUUUCAGAGGACUUCACGAUAGAGGGAGGCAGAGUGAAGGCAGUGCCUUGGAAAGGCCCGGCGCUAAUGGAAAGAGAGAAUUUGGACGCAGUCGAAGAGCUUUCACAAGCCGAAAUGAGGAAACUUAGAAGCCUACUGAACUAA